AUGGAUGCCACAACCAGCGGAACCCCGACUAUUCAAUACCAUAACAUCACUGACCAGACAAUUACUGCCAUUGUUGUUGCCACACCACUUCCGACUUUUCAAAGGCAACAGCGACAUUGCUUUGGAAACUCUACUCCCGGAGAGUUUCCUUUGUCUGCUAAUCCCUCUAUUGUUCUCCAUGUCCUUACCGCAUGUAAUUUGGAUCCUCAAGACCUUGCUAAACUAGAGGCAACAUGCUCCUUCUUCAGGCAGCCAGCAAACUUUGCUCCGGAUUUAACACUGUCAUUAUCGGAGCUUGCUGCAUUUGACAUGUGCCGGAAGAGAGCCAUCUUUAAGCCAAUGACAACAGAAGAAAAGCAAGAUUUGAAGCAAAGAUGUGGAGGCUCUUGGAAGUUGGUUCUGAGGUAUUUAUUGGCUGGAGAAGCAUGUUGCAGGAGGGAGAAAUCACAGGCAAUAGCAGGUCCUGGUCACAGCAUUGCUGUGACAUCUAAAGGGGAUGUUUAUUCAUUUGGGUCCAACAGUUCAGGACAACUCGGGCACGGCACCACCGAUGAAGAAUGGCGACCGCGGCCAAUAAGAACUUUGCAAGGCAUUCGAAUUAUACAAGCUGCUGCCGGUGCUGGGAGGACAAUGUUGAUCACUGAUUCCGGAAAAGUCUAUGCAUUUGGGAAAGAUUCUUUUGGAGAAGCUGAAUAUGGAGGUCAAGGAUCUAAAACUGUCACAACUCCACAGUUAGUGGAGUCUUUGAAAAACAUAUUUGUUGUCCAAGCGGCAAUUGGAAACUUUUUCACAGCUGUAUUGUCAAGAGAAGGCAGGGUUUAUACAUUCUCUUGGGGUAAUGAUGGAAAACUCGGCCACCACACUGAUCCCAAUGAUAUGGAACCUCAUCCUUUGUUAGGAGCAUUGGAAGACAUACCAGUAGUGCAAAUUGCAGCUGGAUAUUGCUACCUUCUUUGUUUGGCUUGUCAACCUAGUGGAAUGUCAGUAUACUCAGUUGGGUGUGGCUUGGGAGGCAAGCUAGGACAUGGAACAAGAACUGAUGAGAAGUUCCCUCGUUUGAUCGAACAGUUCCAGACACUAAACAUUCAACCCAAGGUAGUUGCAGCUGGUGCAUGGCACGCUGCAGUGGUGGGACAGGACGGCCGAGUCUGCACAUGGGGAUGGGGCCGAUACGGUUGUUUGGGACACGGGAAUGAAGAAUGUGAAGCAGCACCUAAGGUAGUAGAAGCAUUGUCCAAUGUCAAAGCUGUUCAUGUUGCAACAGGAGAUUACACAACCUUUGUGGUCUCUGAAGAUGGUGACGUUUAUUCAUUCGGUUGCGGAGAAUCUGCGAGUCUCGGUCAUAAUGCAGUAAAUGAUGUACAGGGAAACAGGCAUGCGAAUGUGUUAACUCCCGAGCUUGUGACAUCACUGAAGCAGAUCAAUGAAAGGGUGGUACAGAUUAGUCUGACAAAUUCCAUAUACUGGAAUGCUCAUACCUUUGCUCUAACAGAAUCAGGAAAGCUUUAUGGAUUUGGUGCUGGAGACAAAGGACAGCUAGGAAUUGAACUUGUUGCGAACCAGACAGAAAGGGUAAAUCCGGAACGGGUUGACAUUGAUCUCGGCUAA